UCCGCUCCCUCUGCUCACGCCCAGACUGACGGAGAGGCACGAUACAGUCCAGCGCACUCGGCUGGGCGCAACUCUCUUAGAGGGGUCGAGCAACAUUUGUCUAGAUAUGGACAUUAGCCAAAAGAAGCACUGAAAAGCUCUUGGCUUUUUCUGCUGGACCCUCGGUCAUUUCAGCUGACCUUGGAAAUCUGAAAGAAUUUGAAGUCAAGCCUUUUGACACAAGGGAACAUCUAGUUCCAUAAUGGCAAUCCCAAGUGGCCUCCUCUUUUUCAACUCCACAUCCUCCCCGUUUCCAGAGGUCUACGUGAACACCUCGUCGGUUCCUGCUGCUCACCGCUGCCAAGACUGGUCUCCAGUGUCCAUGACGACAGUGAUCCCCACCAUCUACAGCGUCAUCUGUGUGCUGGGUACACUGGGCAACGCCUUGGCGGUGUAUGUGUUGGCUUGUGGCAACGCCUUGACGAGAACGGUGGCAAACACUUUCAUGCUGAACCUGUGCGUCUCCGACCUGCUGUUCCUGUUGACUCUUCCACUGUGGGCCGCCUACUACUCCUGGGGCUACAGCUGGCCCUUUGGACGAGUGGCCUGCAAAAUCUGCGGUGCUCUCCUUAACCUCAACCUCUAUGCGUCGAUUUUCUUCAUCACGUGCAUGAGCGUAGACCGUUACCUGGCCAUCGUGCAUCCUCUCCUCUCGCAGAGGUCGAGGGAUUACGAGCGAGCGCGGAUCGUGUGCAUCCUGGUAUGGCUCCUGGCGUUGGCUUGCUCUUCCCCCCACUUGGCCUUCAGAGAGACCUAUCAUCUUAAAGAGUUGGAUGUUGUGGCUUGUGUGGUCUUUUAUCCAGAUGACACCUGGUUUCUGACCCUGAGCUGGAUGAAGAUCAUUCUGGCAUUCCUGCUGCCACUGCUUGGCAUCUCCUGUUGCUACUGGUCCAUUGGGAAGCACUUGUUGGCCUACAGAGGAUCAGCAAGAACGCAAAAUUCCCCAGCUCUUCAAGCGGGCCGUUGUAAAUCAGAACGUCCGCCGACUCCUACUGUGUACCCAAACUCGAGCACGACCGGACCCAUGAUGACCCGCAGGGUAGAGAGGAUUUUGUGGACAGUGGCUGCUGUGGUCAUGGCUUUCUUCAUCUGCUGGUUCCCCUUUCAUUGUGUGACCUUCUUGGAUCUUUUGAGUAAAAAUGGAUGGCUGGACAGUUGCUGGGUCACUUGGACCAUCACCAACCUGACCCCACUCACUCUUUGCCUAGGCUUCUCCAACUCAGCCAUCAAUCCUGUGCUCUACUGUUUUGUCGGGAACCAUUUCCGCGGUCGCCUUGGGGGUCUCUGCAAAGACCUGUGUGCUUGUUUGGAGGCCCGCAGGGAUCAGCACAGUCAGAAACGAGGUUCUUUCAGCACCAGGCUGAGCUCUUUCUCCAGGAAACUCAGUGACCUCAAGGACCUGGCGAUUGUGGAUACCUCAGGUACCCCGUAACAGACUCUCCCCAUUCGGCACUGGAAAAUAUUCACAUUCCAAAGCAGUAAUAUGAAUUGAAAUGACCAGAUUUGGUUUAUGUUACUGGUUUUAUGUAAAAUAAUACAUAAUAUUUCAUAUUACGUGUUUUUGAAAGGAGUACGAUAGUACAUACCAAAAAUAAAUGGCUAAUAAUACUCAGAAGAUGAAGUGGGACAUAGAAGUUAAAUUGUAAAAAUGAAAAACUAAUUAAAAAUUACCAAAAAAGGACAACAAGUGAAGAAAUAAGCAUGUUGAACUUCAACAUUCCCUUUUGUCUUAACUGUGCUGAUACCUGCAAGAGUUAUCCAAACCUAUCAGGUCACAGAACAGAUUUAUUUAUUUUUUUGUCUUUGUUAGAUUUAUUUUUGAACUAGUUGUUUUCUUCCACCCUGACAAACAUAUGAAGAGAAGUAGCACAAUGUUUGUGAUCUUUGGAAAACGCCUUGCGUCUUCCAAUAUUUGGCCAAACAUCUCGAGAAUACGUCAGACGGCGCAACAUAACUAGUGCUUGUUAUGAGUUUGGGCCUUUUCAUUCUCUCUACAAACCGUGGCUUUAGAUUAAGGCUCUAAAUCCAUUUAUUUCUGCAUCACCAGAUCCUCUUUAAUAACUGAUGGCACGUGGCGGAUUAAUUGAUUCUGUUUGACUAUUCAAAAUGAAAAAGUAUUAGAUUAAGGGAGUGCACGUUGGUGUAGCCACGUUAUUGCAGCGUUAGUUGAUUUGUGAAAAAAUAAUAAUAAAAAUGUUGCACUUAUGACAGAAAGGAGUUUUCAAAUGUUUUUGUCACAGGGUCAGUUUUAACACGGGUGUGUCCACUUUUGAAAGCAACUGUGUUGAUGUAAUUGCUGCAUUUCAUGCUGUCUGAAAUGUUUCCUCUCUGUUUCAUAACCAUCUUUUAUGUAGUAAAGUGAAAUGUGGAUCAGUGGUUGCUGUAGGAACUUUUUCCAUGUGUCUGUACCUAUGCUAAAAUUGAAACAAGAUGCUGCCUGAUUGUACAUGUACGCCAACAUUAACCUGGCAAUCCAAUAUAUGUUGCAGUGGUUUUUUUUUUUCUUUUUUUGGGGUGUGGGGGCAAAAAACCUGUUUAUUCACCACAAAUAUAUUAUUGUAUUGCUUCUUAUGGACUGUUUAUUCAGCAAAUAAAGAGAACAAGUGUUUAUCAAAUCAA